GCCUUGCGCCAGAGAGCCUCCAGUGGCUUAACAGCGGAGAGGUGUCCGUCAAGCGCGCGGGCCCUUUAAUGCAUGCGAUCACUCUGGCUCCGGGAGCUAUGGCGACCACAGCGUCUAACCACUACAGCAUCCUGACGUCCAGCGCAUCCGCCGUGCACUCGGAGCCCGGCAGCAUGCAGCAGGCAGCUGCGUACCGCGACACGCAGAGCCUGCUGCAGAGCGACUACUCUCUGCAGAGCGCACACCCGCUCGGCCAUGCUCAUCAGUGGAUCACGUCGCUUUCGCACGCCGAGGGGGCGCCGUGGCCCUCGAGCCCCCUCAGUGAACAGGACAUUAAGCCCGCGCUGCAGGGGGACCGGGAGGAGCUGCAACACUCGCCCGGUUUGCAGCAACAGCAGCAGCAGACGCAGCCUACACACCUGCUGCAUCAACCAACGGCGCACGGGGGGACCCAUCACGACUCACGGCCGUGGAGGGCGACCACUACCACCACAACUCACUUAACGAGCAUGGCGACGUCAAACGGCCAGGGCAUGGUUUAUACGCAGCCGGGCUUCACCGACCUCGGGUCCGCCGACGAGCAGGGGCUGCACCAUCACACGCUCCAGGACGCGCACGAAGACCACCACAGCCCGCACCUCAGCGACCACCAGCAGCCCCUUCACGUGCACCAGCAACAGCACCCGGGUCACCACGAGCAGUCGGAUGAAGACACGCCGACCUCGGACGACCUGGAGCAAUUCGCCAAGCAGUUCAAGCAGAGGCGAAUCAAAUUGGGCUUCACUCAGGCGGACGUCGGGCUGGCGUUGGGCACGCUCUAUGGCAAUGUCUUCUCGCAGACCACCAUUUGCAGGUUCGAGGCGCUGCAGCUGAGCUUCAAAAACAUGUGCAAACUCAUGCCACUGCUGAACAAGUGGCUCGAGGAAGCGGACUCCACGUCCGGCAGUCCCACCAGCUUGGAUAAGAUUGCAGCACAGGGCAGAAAGAGGAAAAAACGGACUUCCAUCGAAGUAGCUGUCAAAGGGGCUUUGGAGAGUCACUUCCUCAAAUCUCCCAAACCCGGAGCUGCGGAGAUAACCACGCUGGCGGACAGUUUACAGCUGGACAAGGAGGUGGUGCGAGUCUGGUUUUGUAACAGGCGGCAAAAAGAGAAGCGCAUGACAACCCCGUGUGGACCGCUCCCUGGUGCGGAGGAUGCCUACGGGGACACCCCGCCUCACCACGGAGCCCAGACUCCGGUUCCGUGACACACGAGCACGGACGGCGAAAGGAAUGUGUGCAAAAAGAACAUGCAGAACCAUCUCUUUGUUGUCUCACUCACGGACCCGUUAGCGGAGAGCGAGAGAGCUCGCCACACGAGCCAGUUAAUGAGCGUACGUGAAUUUGAGACAGGCAAGACAUUUGUACAACCCGUGGUAGGUGUAAGUGAUGUGAGGCAAACAAUACAAGGAAUCGAUUCACAAACACCAACGCCACAAGACACCAACAGCUUUUCUGGUGUGGAGUGGGUGGAAGCCUGUCUUGAUGGAGACGAGUGACAAGCAGACGCUAUUACACGAUGCACUGUGCCAGUCCAAUUUCCAUGUUUGUUUGCCCGGUUUGCGUAGAAUGAACGACCCGAAAGCUGUGAGAAAAGAGGCGGGAGCUGCGUUGGGUACCUCACGCCAUCUUUCCUUCAUAUCAACAGGAUUGCACGGGACCAGCACUGGCGCCAAUACUGUCACUUAUUUGCCUUCAUUGACGAUGCGAUAGAAACUAGUGAAUUAUUAUUAUUAUUAUUAUUAUUAUUGGGUUGUAAAAUGAAUGUAAAUUUCCUUCAAUUUACAGAGGGUCUCCUAAAUUCACACACUCUCAGCCUACCUUGGAAUUUGUUCAAAAUCUCUCUCUCUCUCUCUCUCUCUCUCUGUCUGUGUGUGUGUGUGUGUGUGUGUGUGUGUGUGUGCGUCUGCGUGCGUGCGCGCGUGCGUGCGAGAGAGAGAGAGAGGGACGGAUUGCUCUCCAGUGAGUCGUAAACUUAUCCAAUCGACCAAUGUCUUAAAAAAUACAUAACAACUUAAAAUGACACUAUUCUUAAAUCUUCCAAGAGAACUAUUAAAUCUCGGAUAGAAUUUUGUUUUUGAAUUUUGACACUGAUGUGUGUUUGUAAGAUUGAGAGAGUCUGUUGGGAGUUUUCCUCUAUUUUGGCUGAUGAUCAAGCGGGUCUGAUGAUCAAGCGGGUGAUACAUUAUGAAAUAUAGUGUAGCUGUUAUUCCAGUAUUAUUUAAUUAAAGGUUUAGUUGCUAAUUCCUACAUAUAAUAAUAAUAAUAAUAAUAAUAAUGUUAAUAAUAAUUAUACAUAUUAUUAUUAAUAUUAUUAUUAUUAUAGAAACGGAACUAAUGUUUGCUCCUAUUUCAUUAUAAGUUGUUGCAGUCUGCUCCUCUGUAAGAUAGGACAGUGUGAGGAGUCGUGUUGUUUUGUAUGUGGGAGACGGAUGAAAUGUUUUUGUCUGCUCCUAGUGUCUUUUUCAGUAUUUAUUAGUUUCUUCGACCUGUUGCACACGAGUCACAUUAGCAGGGCCUGCCAGAGCUCCACGAGUUCUGCUCUCCUGUAGGCCUACUGCAGUUAAUCAAUUGUCCGAUUAACGAAACCGUUACAAUUCAUGGGAUGUGAUGUGGGCCUCUUGACGAUUUUGUUGUAAUUUAAUGGUCGUAUUUUUUUUCUUGUUUAUUGUCACACGUGCCAAAGCACAGCACAAAAUGGACGCAGUCAAGAUUGACUUUUGUUCAACUAAAUAUUUUACAGCGCAUUUUGAAACAGUUUUAUCAUUAAAACCUGUUUAUACAAGCA